AUGGCUUCCCAGGACCCGGCGGAAAGGGCCGUGUCACCAGGCGAUACCAGCGGCCGUGCUCCUCCUCGUUCUGGCGGCAGCAAUCAGCGACCUGUAAGCGCUGUUUCCUCGCGUAUGACGGAUAUCGCGAGUGAUGAUGGAGGCGAAGCAAAGAUCAAGAAUCCCGAUACCUCACGACCAGAAACUGCCAGGACAGGCACGUCGUCCAAAGCCGCCUGGGCCGGAGCGGGUACGAGAAGGGGCCUGACACUUGGGGUUCAGCAACCAAAGAGGGGGAGCGUUGCCAGCACGACUGCUUCGGGACGAGCACCUAGUUUAACGACGCGAAGUCACGUUCCUUCAUUGACCUCUGGCGCCUUCUUUCGACCCAUGAGUUCCCAAAAACUACAGGCACAACGAGGAGCCAGUGCCAGAUCAGUUCCAAUGAACCAGCAGCUACACCCACCGCCUGCGAAUAUCGACGAUAACGAGACGGACAUGGGCGGCAGCGUCAUUGACGGAGCGAGUGGCGGAGAGAAUAUUCAAAGUCUUGCUCAACUACAGCACAAGUUGAGUGGAGGAGAGAGUCUGCGACCCCCGCCGUCACGAGGUACCGAAAUGACGGACCAGGAAACUUUUGAUCGUCUUACCGCCAACGCCAGUCCGACGACGGGACAUUAUCCCACAGCCAGCAUGUCCGAUAGUGUGCGGCCGCUGCAGGGUCGAUCCGACCAGAGCAGACACUUGAAUGUCAAUGUGGAUAGGAGCUACAGAGACCUUGCGGGCCUCCCCAGUCCCGUCAAGUCGACAAGGUCCUUCCGCUCCAGCUUCCUUUUGCCUGGAAAGGUGGAACAAGCACAGUCCAGUCGGCACAGGGACACUGAAGGUGCUGAGAAACUCUCCUCUACGGCUUCAUCGCCGCAGUUUCCCCCUGCGGAACCACAUUCAAUACCCCGGCCGAUGGCUGCGGAUUCACAAGGAAAGACUGUCGGUCGUGUGCAUCAAUACUUUGACGGUAAUACCGUCUUUUGCUUUGGGGGGCGAUGGCAAAACACCAAGCAUACGCCCAUCAAUAUUGCUACGGGGGCGUUUGUAGUCAUUCCAUGUGCUCUUUUUUACGGCUUCGAGGCACCUUGGUUGUGGCACAACGUUUCUCCUGCCAUUCCUAUUACCUUUGCGUACCUGACCUACAUUUGCCUCUCUUCCUUUAUCCAUGCCUCUGUUUCAGACCCGGGCAUUCUGCCUCGCAACCUUCACCAGUUCCCGCCCGUGGCCGACCAGGAUGAUCCUCUUCGUCUAGGGCCGCCAACCAAUGACUGGACUCUGGUCAAGUCCGCCGAGUCCUCGGCUGCUGCCAUGGAAGUUCCGGUCAAGCAUUGCAGAACCUGCAACAUUUGGCGGCCACCCCGUGCUCAUCAUUGCCGUUUGUGCGAUAAUUGCGUAGAGACGCACGACCACCAUUGUGUGUGGCUAAACAACUGCGUUGGCAAACGCAACUACCGAUAUUUCUUUACAUUUGUUACAUCGGCCACCAUAUUGGCAGCGUAUUUAAUUGGCACCAGCCUGACGCAAAUCCUCAUACAUAUGAAUCGCGAGAAUAUUUCGUUUGGCCAGUCUAUUGACGACUUCCGGGUCCCAUUUGCUCUUGUUAUUAUUGGCGUGAUCUUGAUCGUGUAUCCUGCCGGCCUCAUGGGUUACCACUUGUUCCUCAUGGCACGCGGAGAGACCACCCGAGAGUACAUCAAUUCACACAAAUUUGCAAAGAAGGAACGCUACAGAGCCUACAGCCAAGGCAACUGGCUCAAGAACCUGGUUUCUGUUCUUUGCCGGCCUCGGUCACCAGCGUACUACCGAUUCAAGGGCAAGUAUCAACCUGGUGACCAGCGACUCGGCCCACACUUUAGCCAAAGACGACGAAAGAACUCACAGGGUCUUGAGAUGGACGCAGUGUCAGUGCCCGGCUCACGGGGUUUCCAAGGCCCUGUUGCUCUACGUGGACAAAGUCGUGAAUAA